AGUAAAAGUAUAUUGCCGUCGAUGGAGUUUAUGAAGUCCUUAGGAAAAGGCUCGUAUGGUUCCGUCGAUCUCAUGAGAUUAACAAAGCCAGACGGCACGGAGCCAUGCUACCAUGCAGUGAAAAGCUCCUACGCUCACGACUACGAGUCUCUCCGCAGAGAGUUUCGGAUACUUUCCAAACUUAGAAACUGCCCUAGAAUCGUGCAAACCCUAGGGCCGAUGUCGAGCGGUGUUAAUGAUUAUGGAGUCAGAGUUUUUAAGAUGUCGAUGGAGUACGCAGCUGGUGGAAGUUUAGCUUCUUUCAUGGAAACAAGAACGUUGUCUGACUCGAUGAUCAGAGACUUUACGCUCAUGAUUCUUCAAGGACUUGUCUCUGUUCAUAGUCACGGUUAUGUUCAUUGCGAUCUCAAACCGGAGAAUCUCCUUGUGUUCCCGCGUCAUGUUGGUGGCUUGCAAUCCACGUAUGAGUUGAAGUUAUCUGAUUUUGGAAUGUCUACAAAAGCUGGAGAGGAGUCAGAGUUUUGGGAGUUUGAUUCUCCGUUCUUGGGAACGCCUCUUUACAUGUCUCCGGAGUCUGUUCAGGAGGGUGUUGCGGAGAAGGCGUUGGAUCUGUGGUCGUUGGGUUGCGUUGUUUUGGAGAUGUACACCGGAGAGCCGACAUGGCCUUUUGCGGAUUCGGAGGAUCUUAUGCCUGAACUGUUGAAUGGGAACGCACCAGAGAUUCCUCAGUCUCUUCCUUGGGACGCAAGGCAGUUUCUGAAGACGUGUUUCGCAAGGAAUCCGGAUGAGAGAGGAAGCGCUGAGGAGUUGUUGAAGCAUCCGCUUCUUAGGAAUGUUUCUGAUCAGAAGAAAGUGAUGGUUACCGGCGCCGGAGGUAAGAGAGAAUCGGUGGGUGUGCUGAAACCUGGAGAUACUACAAAGAAGCACUUAAGAGUGAAGAUUAUUCCACCAAAGCCAUUACAGUUUAAGAAAGUUUCUCAUAGACCCUUGAGGUUGAAGAUUAUACCUCCAAAACCACCAGGAUGCAAGCUCGUUCCUGUUUAGUAGAGUGUGUCAGUAUUAGUCUUUGUUGCUUGAUUGACAUGUUGUAGAUCAACUUAAUUAGACAUUGAUACAAGUUGUAAAGGUUUAGUUUGUCAAAAAAAAAUGUAUUAUAUGGCCACAAGCACAACCCUUUUGAGUUCUGUGAAUCUCUUGAGCUUUCAAUAACUGUAUUAAGCAUAUGUUUAAUUCUAUAUUGUGCUCACUAAUAAUAAAGCCACUUUGUGGUUUGCAAGUCACUAAAUCUUGAGAAUAUAUGUAUGUUAUUGCAAAACACUGCGUCACAGAGUUCAUGUUCUGGCUGAUAAUCUGAGCAGAGAAUGCUCAAAUGCUGAAAAUCUGACUGAGAAAAGGGCCCUAGAGCAACCCCACUUGCACAUGCCAUGAACCUAAUAAGAGCAAUAAAAGACUAUCACCAGCUGUGGCAAAUGGCACAUCCUUUGUGUCAUUUGCAAUAACAACAACUACAACCACACUUGCACUAAUCAUUUAGUCCAUGCCAUAACCUUAUAAGAGCAAUAAGAUUAUCACCAGCUAUAUACAUUGUAACAAUAAACAAGAACCAUGAUCACAUAAGAUAAACCAAACACAUUCUUAAAAAUAAAAUAUAUUCAUUUGCAUUCAA